CUCUCUUUACCUUCCGCUGGCUCUCUUUGUUCGCGCGGAGACUCAACGUUGGCAGAAAGGAUGAACAUGGCCGCCGUGCAGCUGCUGCGGGUGUCCGUACAUGAGCGGAUCAGCGCUGCCGCUGAAGACGUUCUGAUGCAGGUGGAGAAAGGAGGAGGAAUGGCUCAAGUCCCGGAGCUGAGAGCGAUGCUAACCGAGCGGCUAAUGGCGGCGGCUGAGGAGAUCCUCGCGGUGUUUGAGGAAACCGUGGCAGAGUACAAAGACAGAUACGACGACCGAGUUGAGCGGACAGAGGAGGAGAUCAGCCGCCAGAGGAGGCUGCUCGAUGCCAUGAUGCAGCCCGUAGUCCGGCUUCACAGAGCAGUGUGUCCUGCAGUUGUCCAGCAACUGAUGGUGAAUAAAGAAGAUGUUACCCCUGAGCAGCAGCAGUGGAGCCCCCUUGUGGUCAAGGAGGACCCAGAGCCCCCCCAUAUUAAAGAAGAACAGGAGGAACCGUGGACCAAUUGGGAUGGACAGCAACUUCAAGGACUGGAAGAGGCUGAUAUGAAGUUCACCUUAACUCCUGUCGCUGUGAAGAGUGAAGAAGAUGAAGGGGAACUUAAAUUGUCAAUGCUUCAUCCGAGUGAGACGAAGGAGUCCAGAGGGAUCUUAAUGGGCAAUCUAAAGAAAGAGAAACCAUUUAGUUGCUCUGAGUGUGGUAAAAGAUUUGACCAAAAGGGCACUCUAAAUACACAUAUGAGGCAUCAUACAGGAGAGAAGCCAUUUAGUUGCCCUGAGUGUGGUAAAAGAUUUAGCCAAAAGGGCAGUCUAAACACACACAUGAGGCGUCAUACAGGAGAGAAACCAUUCUGUUGCUCUGAGUGUGGUAAAAGAUUUAACACAAAGGGCAAUCGAAAUACACAUAUGAGGAGUCAUACAGGAGAGAAGCCAUUUAGUUGCUCUGAGUGUGGAUCAAGAUUCAACCAAAAGGGCAGUCUAGACAUGCAUAUGAGGCGUCAUACAGGCGAAAAGCCAUUUGGUUGCCCUGAGUGUGGUACAAGAUUUGACCAAAAGGGGAGUCUAAACAUACAUAUGAGGCUUCAUACAGGAGAAAAGCCAUUUAGUUGCUCUGAGUGUGGUAAAAGAUUUAACACAAAGGGCAAUCUAAAUACACAUAUGAGGCGUCAUACAGAAGAGAAGCCUUUUAAAUGCUCUGAAUGUGGUAAAGGAUUUGACCAGACGAGCAAUCUAAAUUUUCAUAUGAGGCAUCAUACAGGAGAGAAAACCUUUAGUUGCUCUGAGUGUGGUAAAAGAUUCAACCACAAGGGCAAUCUAAAUAACCAUAUGAGGUGUCAUACAGGAGAGAAGCCAUUUAGUUGCUCUGAGUGUGGUGAAAGAUUUAACCAAAAGGGCCAUCUAAAUAAACAUAUGAGGCGUCAUACAGGAGAGAAACCAUUUUGUUGAUCUGAGUGUGGUAAAAGCUUUAACCAAAGGAUAACUCUAAAUAUCCACAUGAGGAGUCAUACAGGAGAGAAACCGUUUAGUUGCUCGGAGUGUGGUAAAAGAUUUACUGAAAGGGGCACUCUAAAAAAAAUAUGAGGCGUCAUUAGGGUUGCAAAAUUCUGGGAAUAUUCAAAGUUGGAAACUUUCCAUUGGAGUUAAUGGGAAUAAACUGGAAAUUGUAUGGGUAAUUUAUACCAACUGUAUUUACCUUGUCAUAUACAGACAUAAAUAUAAACAUUUUGUUUAGUCACGAGCUGAUUAGAGCCCUGAGGAAACUUUGGGCACUUGACUAUAUGCUUCUCUAUCUUUGUGGCAUUCUUAACAUUGGUCUUCGCACAGUAUUUGCAAAUGUACACAGCCUUUCCUUCUAGAUUGGCUGGGGUGAAAUGUCUCGUCUAAAGAGAGUGCACGUGGCAUUGUUCUGUAGAAUAAGAUGAGAAAAAAGCUUGUAAAAAAAAAACGAAUGCAAUACCAGAGAUAUAAAUUGUUAACUAAACAAUUGGAAUCGUCUUUAAAAAUAUUUUACAAUUGAUGGAUAAAUUAAUAGAAAUAGGCUAGAUGAAUUAUCCUCAAUCAGCAUGCUAAUAUAUUUCCACAGUAAUAUCAACAAAACUUACAUUACUAUUCCUUGGGCUUAUUCAGUAGUGUGGUCUCAAUAGCCCUGCUGUAGUGCGCAGAAUUAUCUGUGCAUGUGAUGGAGGAAUGCACAGUGCAGGGUUGAAAUUCAACGUGCAGCGUGAGCUUCAUUCCAUACAUCUUUAAAAUAUAGUUUUGAAUGACGUUUCUAUUGGUCAGUGUUUAAUUUGUGGUAAAAAAAAAUUUAAAUUCCCGAGCUUAACUUCCCAUGGAAAGUUUCCACCCAUUACAUUACAUUUCAUUAAGCUGACACUUUUAUCCAAAGCGACUUACAAUAAGUGUAUUCAACCCCGAGGGUACAGACCCAAGACAGCUAGAAUCAAGAAAGUGCAACCCUGGGUGUCAUACAGGAGACAAACCCUUCAGUUGCUAUGACUGGUAAGAAAUUUAUGAUUCAGUCCUAUUAUACGAGAUGUGAGGAUUCAUAUAGGAGAGAAAUUAUACAGUAGCAACCUUUGCAUCAAAAGAUUUUUUAGGAUUUAUCCGCUGAUAUUCAUAUUAUACAUAUUGAUUGUUAACUGUUUUAAAUAGACUCAUAACAGUUUUUAAAGAUUUUUGCUUAUAUAUCUUGUUUCUACUGAUUUCUACAUAAUUUAUCUAUUUUUCAUAAUGUCCUUCAUGUCAUUUUAAGGUUAAAGUGUGUUCCUUGCACUGUAUGAAUGUGUGUUCUUAACUUGUUCAUAUGAUUAAAAAUGUUUGUUUUAAAACAAUG